AUGAGUAGUUGUGAAAAAGAAGUAUGUUGUUCGGCACCUGGAAAAGUGUUGGUUACAGGUGGUUACUUGGUUUUAGAUAGAUUGUUUGAUGGUAUUGUUUUCACUAUCAAUUCAAGGUUCUAUACUACUAUCAAACCUAUCGAACAGCAAAAUAGUACAGUAACAACAGGUAAUGGUGAUCACCAUCAUUAUAAAUUGACAUUGUCAUCACCACAGUUCAAAUCGGAGCAACAAUAUCACAUUGUGUAUCGUCCUAAUCAACCGUCGGUCAUCGAAAUACAACCAGCAAAUCCAACCACCUACAAAGAGAAUAGAUACGUUGAGAAGACACUGUUCUAUACACUCAUUGUCAUUCAGUCACUCAUUGAACAAUCACAAUUCAUCGAUAUCCUUAUGCAAGGUUUAUAUAUAACUAUUAUGGGUGCAAAUGAUUUCUAUUCUCAAAUUCCACAAUUAAAACAAAGAGGUUUACCAAUAUCAUAUGAAUCAUUAAAGACUUUACCACAAUUCCUGCCUUUGACUACUACAUUGGAUGAGCUACAAAAGACUGGUUUGGGAAGUUCUGCAGCUUUGGUUAGCUCGUUGACUGCUGCUCUAUUGUCGUUUUUCAAGGUGAUCGAUUUGAAGAAUCAGAGUGAUAAAGUCAAGUUGUUGCGUGAAAAGACACUUUUACAUAAUCUUGCUCAGCUCUGUCAUUGUGUUGCACAAGGCAAGAUCGGAAGUGGAUUCGAUAUCAGUUCAGCUGUAUUCGGUAGUCAAGUAUAUAGAAGAUUCUCACCGGAUCUCAUUCAAGGUAUUCUAGAUCACUACGAUAAGAACAUUACACCAACACCAGAGCAAUUACUUCAAUCUGUUUUACAAGAAGAUUAUAACUCUGUCAAACUUGAUAAUUAUAGAAAAUGGGAUAAUGAACAUCAUUCUAUGGCAUUGCCAGCUGGCUUACAAUUGUUGUUGGCAGACGUAAGCAUUGGAUCCAAUACUCCUGUGAUGGUAAAGAAAGUUUUAGAAUGGAGAAAAUCAAAUCCAGAGAUAUCAAAACAACUUUGGGAUGACUUACAUACUUCAAAUGGUUUGGUAAAGAAAGCAUUCAAUGAGUUACAUCAGUUGCAUGGUAGCGACAGUAAUAGUUAUUUCAAUACACUUUCAUUGCUGGCUAGUACCUCGCAAUCUAAAUGGUUAGAGUUACUAUCGAAAGGUAAUAACGAUCAGGUUAUCAAGCAAAUUCAAUUGGUUAGAUCAUCGUUUUUAGAGAUCAGAAGAUUACUUAGAAAGAUGGGUGAACUAGCCGAUGUUCCAUUGGAGCCAGUCGAGCAGUCAAACCUUGCCGAUCAUACCAUGGAGGUUCUAGGUUGUGUUGCAUCGGGUGUUCCUGGUGCGGGUGGAUUCGACGCACUCUUUUCAAUUACACUCAGCGACCAGAGUGCACAAUCCAUAAAAGAAGAAUGGAUGAAAUGGAGCCAAUGUAAGGUAUUGCCAUUGGUAUUGAGUGAAGAUCCAACCGGUGUAAUUCAAGAUACUUUACCACAAUAA